UAGCCCGUAUAUAUUCCGAUAUAUAGCCCGUACAUAUUCCGAUAUAUAGCCCGUACAUAUUCCGAUAUAUAGCCCGUACAUAUUUUCCAUGCUCGAAGUUAAUUGAACACGAAAUUAACGAGCAUUUUUACACUAAAUAUGAUUUAAUAAAAUUUAGACAGAUAAAAAUAUGGAGGCUAUGCCCCUUUUACCCCUUCGAAGAAGGCGGAAGGAAGUUGGAAAGGAGAAAUCUAAAUCAAAUGAAAAAAUAACAAAUCCACAGGAAAAGACCUUGAAAUCUGAGAUUGAGAGUGAAGGGAUGAAAUUGAUGAACUCGAUGAACACAAGCAAGAUGAACUCGAUAAAGAACUCGGAGAAUAUCAAUCACAAGUUUUCGGAGAAACCGUUCUUCUCGCGACAGAAAUUUAACGAGAUUAAAGAAGUUUAUUUCCAAGAUGUUCUUAUCUUUAUCCAGGUUGUACUGCUCAUUGUUUGUUGUUUUCUCUUGUAUCUCUGCUAUACACAUCCGGCAUGGUUUCAUUUUCAGGUUUCCCACGUGUAUGCACGCAUGGGUCACGUGGAUUCUCAGCAUAAAGUUGGACAAAGAUAUCUACAUGGGAGAGGAGUACCUCAGGAUAAGGACGCGGCAAUGCAUUGGUUUGGCCGGGCAGCUAGGUCCGGUCAUCCUGAAUCUGCAUACAACCUGGCCAUCGGUCAUCUAAACGGUCAUGAGGUGGGAUUUGAGGAAGGAGAUGAAGAAACAUGGUUGAAGCAUGCUGCUAGGAAUGGGGUUGAGCAGGCUGCUGAAGUUCUAAAACAGCUAUGCGGAAGUGGAAGCUGUCCUAGAAAAGAUGACAAGGCUAUUGAACCUGACUUCUACGAUGAUAUGAUUUAUUAAAAAAAAAAUUUUAAUUAUUAUCAUUAAAGAUUUAUUUACCACAUAAAGCAAUUGAGUCUUUGCCA